CUCUUGCGAGAAUUUUCAUUUGAGCAAAACAAGACCCACGUUUCUGAGUUGCUGAAUGCAGCGACGGCAGUUUUCCUGGAUGCCGGCCGGAAUCAUCAGGCUGGCCCGAUAGAAACUGCCCAGUUGCUGGACUCCGUUUUGGACAUUAGACAGCCGCAGUUUGCGAGCGAUGGAUCUCUGCUGGGGAUCAAGUCCUACAUGGAGAACUUCCCGUUUCCGUUCUACGUGAUCCUGAGGGACAUCGACGCCUUGCCGUCGGUGCUCGGGGACGCCUUGAGACAGUGGUUCGAGCUCGUCACGACGCCCAAAUCCACCUGAUGUGUAUAUUCGUCGCGUCGGACGUCGAUGGCUUUCGGUGUUUCGGAUGAUGAAGGAGAGCAGAAAAGGUGUGAGAGAAUGCCGAAAUGCAGUCGAGAGUUCGAAUUGAGGGAAAA